AUGGCAUACACUCCGCGCUCCGGACGGUCGCAGACCAGGUACAGCACCCCUGAGCCUGAUCUCGACGACCACCGCAAUCAGCCAGAGAGCCUGCCUACUGUCACUGAGCCAUACCAUGGCAGGCGCCGUGGUACGCUUGCCAGCAUCGCGAGUGCUGAAAGACCGCAUGCAAGCCCUGAGCUGGCCGGCCAGUCUUCGAGGCCCACCAUGGACCAGCUGGAACUGCCGCAGAUGUCGCACUACAGCUCCAUCGCUCGGGACUUCGAGCAUGCCGUAGACGACAACAGGAGCGUCAAGAGCGGUAGGAGCAACAGAUCCGUGCGAUCGAACGCAUCGAAGAGGUCCGCCGACGAGGACUGGCACAGAGAGCGGCGGGGAUCUAGCAGCCCUGUUGCUGCGCGCCGGACUACUUUCAGACGGGCCAUCCACAACAGGCAAAAGGAGAACGGACACGAGACGCGCGACAACUCCAGCGACCGUAGCACGUCGCCGCCGAACUCUGUCGAUGCAUUCGCUCAUCCGCCACCACCACGACCGCGCGGCAGAGCUGGAACCGCGAACAGCAAGGUACCUUCACUGGACAACGUGUCGUUGAACCGCUCAGCCUCCAAUUUGACACGCCCAAAGCGUCGACCCACGUUUGGUGAGGAGAAUGGCACUGCAGGUGGGAGGACCGAUGCAGCUUCCAUCCGUAGCUCGGUUCAGGAAGACGUAUGCUUCCCACCAGAAGACCCCCCAAACACCUACACCAUCGACUUCGAGGACCUGGAGGAGUUUGUUGCACAGACUCACACCAAGACCCCAGUGGCGCAUCCAUUCGCACAGAGCUACUUCGGAAGCCAGACUGCCCACCAGCAGAAGGUGUUCCAGGAUCUGCGCAAGAACGAGGGCGCUCACAACGUCCCGGUUGAUGGCAUUGCGAAAUAUGCCAGGGAUGAUGAGGUUGACGAGGAGAAGAAGGCCGAGCUGGAGUCUGAAGAAGAAGAGCUUACGAACGCGCAAACCGCUGGCGAGAUGCAAAACCGUUUCACCUUCUUCUCCUCCGAGAUCGAUGAAACCAUUCACGCGCCAGAGCUCGGCGGUCUGCUCAUGCCCGGCGAGACCUUCCGCGACCUCUUCGAGCUUGGCCCAGAAGGCGGCGUCUGGUGGCUCGACAUGCUCAACCCAUCCGAGGAGGAAAUCUUCACCAUCUGCGGCGCCUUCCGCGUCCAUCCUCUUACGCGUGAAGACAUCACCACCCAAGAAACGCGCGAGAAAGUGGAGCUCUUCCGCAGCUACUACUUCCUCUGCUUCCGCUCCUUCAACGCCAUCGACAAGGACAGCGAAGACUACCUCGAGCCCAUCAACAUCUACGCCGUCGUCUUCCGCGAGGGCCUCCUCACCUUCUCCUUCUGCCAGAACCCGCACGCCGCGCACGUCCGGAAACGUAUCGGUCGGUUGCGCGAUUACGUCAACUUGAGCGCGGACUGGAUCUGCUACGCCUUUAUCGACGAGAUCGUCGACGCCUUCGCCCCCGAGCUCCGCGAUCUCGAACGCGAGACCGAUACCAUUGAAGACUCGGUCUUCACGGCCCGCUUCGAGGACUCCCGGGCCAUCCUCAAGCAAAUCGGCGAGUGUCGCAAGAAGGUCAUGGCCAUGAUCCGCCUUCUCGGCGGCAAAGCAGACGUCAUCCGCGGCUUCGCGAAGAAAUGCAACGAAGCGUACUCCGUCGCCCCCAGAGGCGACGUCGGCUUGUACCUCUCCGACGUGCAGGACCACGUGGUGACCAUGAUGUCGAACCUAGGGCACUACGAGAAAAUGCUCUCGCGCAGCCACGGGAACCACCUCUCCCAGAUCUCGCUUUCUCACAUCGAGCAAGGGACGCGGGGGAAUGAGUUAUUAGGCAAGAUUACGGUCUUCGCGACGAUUCUCGUGCCGUUGAAUUUGAUCGCGGGCUUGUUUGUGUCACCGUCGCCGGCUGGUACUGGCGCACGAACGUUGGAUGGGGUGGUCAAGGAUUGA